AUGACACUUUCGUACGAACCGAAAAUUUCAAAUUUUCACUUCUCAAGGAGGCACAAUGAUCCAACCUUGGACAUCAAGAUUAUUUCAGAGGUCGUUAGAUGGAUGGCGCCCGAGAAAAUGCAAAGGUACAAAUAUAGUGCAUCUACCGAGGUUGAUGCCAAACUGUUUCCAUACACACAAAAGUGCGAAAUUUUCAGCUUCGGCAUGCUCUUGUGGGAGAUGGCUUAUCAGGUGAUUCCAUAUAAAAAUGAAAAUAAUAUAAUUGAUAAGGUUACGAGUGGCUUCAGGGAAAAUUGCCUAGUUUUUGAGAAUCUGGGGGAGGAAGACAAAUUGAUUCAAGAUAAUAUCAUAACCAUUAUCAACAAAGCAUGGAGGCAUGAUCCAAGUGAACGGGUCGAAGUGACGGAAUUAUACCUAAACGUAACGGAUUUGUCAAAAGCUGUUAUUCCCAAAAGAUGUCCCGUCUUUUUGCCUGCAUACAAACCUCAAGAAUCCUUCGAGACAAGAAUAAAUCAAGAACUUGAUAAAUAUUAUCUUACAGAAGAGUCGUUUGAAGAGUUUGAACAGAUUCUACCA